AUGGGUGAUUAUACAAAAGCACUUUCAUUUCAUGAAAAAGCACUAAAUAUUCAAGAAAAUGUUCUGUGUAGCCCUUUGGAAUGUGCAAUGACUUAUAUAAAUUUAGCUGACACAUAUCGUGAAAUGAAAGAUUUUUCAACAGCACUGACAUAUUAUCAAAAAGUAUUAGACAUGCGCGAAAAGAAACUACCAAAAAAUCAUCCUAAUUUAACUGGAAUUUUUCAUAAUAUGGCGAAAUUAUAUUUAUCUACUCGACAAUACAAUGUAGCAAUGAAAAAUAUUCAGCAAGCAUUAGAGAUCCCUCAAGAAAAAUUACCUUCAACUCAUCCUCAUCUGUUGGAAUAUAAGGAAACAUUUGAAGAAAUUCGAAAGAAAAUGUAA